AUGGGCAAAGCUCAGAAAAAGACUGGCAAGGGCCGUCUAGACAAAUUCUACAAACUAGCCAAGGAGCAGGGUUAUCGGGCUCGUUCUGCAUUCAAACUUAUUCAACUAAACAAAAAAUACUCCUUCCUUGAAUCUGCGAGAUGUUGUAUCGAUCUCUGUGCUGCGCCAGGAGGUUGGCUCCAAGUUGCUAGCAAAUAUAUGCCCCAAAACAGUGUCAUUGUUGGCGUUGAUCUUGUGCCAAUCAAACCCAUUCCUCGCGUCGUUACAUUUGCCUCUGACAUUACUACUCCUCAAUGUCGCCAGCUUAUUCGUCAGGAACUCAAGGAUUGGCGGGCGGACGUUGUUCUUCACGAUGGUGCACCAAAUGUUGGUACCGCUUGGAUCCAGGAUGCAUACGCCCAAUCCGAACUCGUGCUUAUGAGCUUGAAACUGGCUGUCGAAUUUCUCGUCAAAGGCGGAACUUUCAUCACCAAGGUCUUCCGUAGCGCCGACUACAACAACCUCAUGUGGGUCUUCAACCAACUUUUCUCCAAGGUGGAAGCUACCAAGCCUCCCUCUUCCAGGAAUGUUUCUGCUGAAAUUUUCGUCGUUUGUCGCGAUUUUUUGGCGCCGAAGCACCUGGAUCCAAAGUUCCUUGACCCGAAACACGUUUUCAAGGAUCUUUCCGCCUCUAUCUCUGGAACCGACAAGGGAGCUUCAGCCAACAAUGCACAAGCCAAUGUCUUCCAGCCAGAGAAAAAGCGACGCAAGCGUGAUGGUUACGACGAAGGCGACUAUACGCUAUUCAAAAAGGUCCCUGUUGCCGAUUUUGUGCGAAGUUCAGACCCAAUCUCUGUGCUUGGUGGAGUCAACCAGAUGACAUUUUCCACGGAGGAGGAGAAAGAGUGGUUGAAGCUUGACAUCACGACUGGAGAUGUUGUAGCGAAUUUCCAUGAUUUGAAAGUCCUAGGAAAGGGUGAUUUCAAGUUGCUAACAAGGUGGCGGCUAGCCCUUCGAGAAGAGCUUGGAAUCGACAACAAAUCGAAACACGUUGAAGAUGCAACCGAAACAGUCGAGGUUGUCGAAGAAGUCGACGAGGAACAGCAAAUUGAAGAAGAGCUCGAACGUCUCAAUACUGAAGCAGCUGCGCGAGCCAAGCGCGAACGACGUCGGGCAAACGAGAUCAAGACACGUACAAUUCAACGGAUGCAGCUGCAAAUGACAGCGCCAUUGGAUAUCGGCCUCGAGCAACAAGACUUGUCUUUGGGAGGCCAAGGAGACUUCUUUGACCUGGGUGGCGCAGAGAAAGGCUUACGGAAACGAGGGGGAGUCUCUGCGCUCGGUGACCGCUCUGAUGCUGAGAGCUCUGACGAAGAAAACUCCGACGACAAUGACAAUGAUUCUGUUCUGGACUCGGACGAGGAGAGACAGCGUAAAGUGGACGGGUUGGAACAAGAGAUGGAUGGGUUGUACGAGGCAUAUCGCGACCGACUUCGUGAACGCGAUGCCAAAUUCAAAGUGAAGGAGUCCCGCGAAAAAAAUGCUGAGCGUGAGGAAUGGCGAGGCAUCAAUGGUCAAGAACCCAUCGACGUGGACUCUGACAGUGAAGAGGAGGAUGGUGGCUGGGAUGAGAUGGAGGCUGCAAAAGAUGACGAUCAUGAUGGCUCUUCCUCCGAGGACAGCGAUGACGAUGAACCCCGGCCAAAUCUUAAGCGACAGCAGCCAGACACCGCCGUUCCCACAAAAGCAGCAAAGCGCCCCAAACUAGUAAACGAUCUCCGUGAACCAAAAACUUCAAGUCAAGCUGCCAAGUUAUGGUUCAGCCAAGACAUUUUCAACGGUCUUGAUGUCGAUAUCGAAGAAGACAAUAUUUCGGCGGAGGAAAGCGGCAAUGAAAAUGAUUGGGCAGAGACGGCCGAAGCUUCGGAUGACCAGGACGAUUUCGAAAUUGUUAAAGCAACCGAGGAAGAGGACGUAGACAUGUGGGAUGUCGAAGACCAAGACCAAGAUCAAAUAAAGAAAGACAAGAUUGACAGGCAUGGGCUUACCACAGCGGAGGCUGUAACUUUGGCCCAACAACUUGUCAACCGGCAGAAGACGAAAACCCAAUUGAUCAAUGACGGCUUCAAUCGCUAUUCGCUCAACUCGAAGGAAGGAUUGCCACAGUGGUUCCUCGAUGAAGAAGCCAAACACUAUAAACCUAACAUUCCGAUAACGAAAGAAGCUGUUGCCGCGCUUCGUGCCAAACAGCGUGCGCUGGACGCUCGCCCGAUCAAGAAGGUCGCCGAGGCAAAGGCUCGGAAAAAGUUCAAGGCGGCCCAAAAACUCGAGAAGGCAAUGAAGAAAGCCGAGGGUGUGAAUGCAACCACUGACAUGUCGGAGAGAGAGAAGGCGCAGCAAAUAGAGAAAGUGAUGCGCAAAGGGUUGUCGUCAGGAAAGAAGGCCAAGAAGGACAUCAAGGUGGUGGUGGCUAAGGGGGCUCACAAGGGCAUCCAGGGUCGUCCCAAGGGAGUCAAAGGAAGGUACACCAUGGUGGAUGCACGAAUGAGAAAAGAGGUCCGCGCGAAGAAGAGAGUCGAGAAAGCCAACAAAAAGCGUCGACGGUCAUGA